AAGCACAAGACCCCGAGAAAUCGCCGAGGUUGUUUUCUACCAACACAAAUCGUUGUUCAACUUACAAUUGCGGUAAAGACAAAAAGAACUUUAAAAAAAAAGAUAUAACCAGUGGAUAUGUAAAUGAAUAUGUAAAUUAAUUUCGCUGUAUGUUUUACAAAUCUUGAGAACCUUAUUUGGAGGAGGGGGUGUGUCUUUGCCGUUUCAUUGAAGUAGAAGGAGUGGCGAUCAGUUUUUAGCAUUGUCUAAAUUCUUCAAGCUUGUAUAAAAAUUGGGAUUUUAUUGUAAUUAAGCCUGUAUUUAUUUGCAUUAAGAAGACUGAAGAGGCAGAACAUUGAUUUUUCCAACAUGAAGCAAACUGAAAUAUUCGUUUUCUUCAUAUUCAUUUCAUCUGUCUUUUCAGCGGCGAUUAGGACAGAAAUUUGUCACUAUCUGCGGGGAUCCUGUGACCUUACUUGUGAGUUUGAAUACAUUCACCGAUGGGGAAUACCACUCUGCUCCGGAAUGGGAAUGAAAUGCUGUGCACCGGACGACGUUGUAAAAAUGAUGAAUAGUAAGUCAUCAACAACCACGACGACAACCACCACCACCACCACCACACCGAAACCACCCAUGUACGACUUACUCUUACUGGACCAGCCCCGAUUCAUGUCGAAUGAGGUGCCUACGAUAAGACAAGAAUGUGGCAAGCCUUAUUUCUCCCACCGCGCCAAGAGGAUUGUGGGUGGUACUGUAGCGCCGAGAGGGGCCUGGCCCUGGCAGGUGUCCUUCCGGUACAUGAAUGGAAUGUAUGGGUGUGGAGGAGCCCUCAUCAGCGACGGCUGGGUCCUCACUGCUGCCCACUGCUUUAAAGGGGAAUACAACAAUAUCAAUAAAUGGCGAGUGACUGUUGGGAUGCACGAUAUGACGGGAAAUGAGGUCACCAGACGCGACAUUGCCAUUAGGACCAUCAUAAAGCACCCCUUAUAUAUAGCUUAUGAUGAGGAAGAAGACCAGAAAAAGAACCGAACUACCCCCCUUCACAAACGAUAUGCGCAUGACAUCGCCUUAGUGCAGCUCGACACCAGAGUUGAUGUACAGUCACCGUACACGCGUCCGAUCUGCCUGCCUUCUGUCGGCGACUCUUUCUUCGGAAACGACUUCAAGAAGAGGGAGCCCGGCUCUUCCUUGAUGCAGGACAACACUGUGGAUCUCUUUGAUGUGGAAAGAAAAGGUCAAUGUUGGGUGACUGGAUGGGGCCACACUGCAGGAAGAGAGGAAACUGAUCGCUCGGUUUUGCGCCAAGUUCACGGUGACGUCAUCAGUAGCACCAAGUGCAAAGAACAUUGGCAAACUGAAUUAGAGGACGAUACCUUGUGUUUUGGAGACGGGACCCACGGCCCCUGCAAGGGUGAUUCGGGCAGUCCUAUGUCUUGCAAUUAUGACGGCAAAUAUUACAUCACGGGUGUUGUCUCCUGGGGGUCGGAGGACUGCAAACAAAAGGGAUAUCCAAGUGUUUUCACCCGUGUGACGUCAUAUCUGGAAUGGAUCAACAAACACGUGUCACGUGGUUAAAGUCAAAUUUGUUCUGUGUGUUUUUUGUUGUUUUUUUUUUUUUUGGUUUUUUUUUUUUUUUUGGUAGUAAGUAUUGCGGUAAGAAGAAUUCCACGACGGCUCAGGGAACACGAUGUCUUUGAAAACUAUAAGCCUGUUUUAUCUGUUCGGAUCUGUGAUAUUCCUAGUCGUUGACUCUGUACUUUUGUCUCUACCAGAAAUCCAACACAUUGAAUGUUAUUUAGAAAAGCAACAAUCUAAAAAUCAAUCUCCAGAUUUUUAAGUCUUAAGAAUGUUGAUACCCUGUCAUUAACUAUUUAACUUUACAUUGUGUUUUUAUCUAUAUAUUUUUUUUCCUUGACAAAACUUCAUGAACGGUGAAAGUAGGAAUGAAGUAGCUUUGUAGUACCUUGUUUGAAGUUUAUAUGAUAUAUUUUUAUAAUUAUAUGUGUUACUUUAAAAAUUCCAAUACUGAUUCUAUGAUGGCAGAACGAGAUUUAAGAUGAAGAGUGGCCGGCAUUGUUGUUUGAUUAAUAAAGGAAGAUUGGUGAUGGUU